AACCUGCUCAUAUGCUCCUACCUUCUUCUCGAAUACCCUUCCUUGCACACACCGAAGUGAUUCAGCCUUAGAGGUCGGGUGUGUUGCAAGAAACACUCAACCUCUGGUUUCCAUUAAUACUUACCCUCCUUGUUUUUCUCUAGAUUCUAGUCACUUUGCUGGCGUAUCUGCUACAGAGAGCUCUUGUCUCUCUCUAAUGUUCCGUCUGGCUCGGGCUGCUUUUACGCUUCACAACCAUGCAGCCCGUUCAAGCACGUCAGUCGUCCUCACGUUCAGCCGAUCUCGGACUUUUAAAGCUGCCAGCAAAGGUCGCACAGUUCGGCCACCUCGCAAUCCUCAACGCAAUGCAGAGUUUUCUGAACCGGGUGGCUUGAUGACUCGAGAUCGAGUGGCAACGGUAGUAGGAAAGCAACUUGUAAUACCUGGCUCACAGCUUAAAGGCUCCAUGAGUCCUGACGACGUUGCAAAAUAUCUUGCAAGGUGCGGCAAGCCAUGGUCAAAGCUUCCACAUGUUCUUCAGCGGUUCAAGAGAUUUGGUAUACCCCCAAAUGUCCUCAAACCUGCUUUGAGCGCGUUUACGACUGCUCUGAAACAGGAAACAGUCCUUUCUACAAUCGACAUGGAUGACGCUCGAUUACAACGUUUCAUUUACGAUAUGGAGGAUUCAUCAAAUAGCGAUGCUUUGGAUAUUUGGUUCAGCAGACUUUUCUACGAGUGGGUCGCACAUCCACAAACGUUCAGUUCUCUGUCAAAGGUCAUCCCGGUCUCUACUAUUACCUCCAUGGCAGAGCUCUUCCGAUCGGCAGACAUGUCUGACCCGUCUUCUACGUAUCCAAUUUCCCGCGCUACCCCUCGCCGCAAGGUCAUUAUGCACGUUGGACCUACUAACAGUGGCAAGACACACAACGCACUACGCGCCCUCGCCGCAGCUAGGGUUGGAUGCUACGCUGGCCCACUCCGUCUAUUGGCGCACGAGAUUUUUGAGCGACUGAACAAAGGCCAGAUCGCACCAUUGGGUGUAGAUUUGGAUGCCGAUGCAGAACCAGACACAGAAUCCACCGUCGAUAUGGAUCCUACAGAGGGAGAGAAGGUCGUGAUGCGGAAAGAGGGCAAUCCGGCUUGGGCCAGGGCGUGCAACCUGGUUACCGGGGAAGAACAAAAGGUCGUGGAUGUGCAAGCGGGCCUCGUCAGCUGCACGGUCGAAAUGAUCAGCACGAUGGUGAGGCACGACGUCGUGGUCGUCGAUGAAAUACAACUUCUCUCAGAUCCCGACCGAGGAGGAGCAUGGACAACAGCCGUACUGGGUGUGAACGCCCGAGAGCUUCACCUUUGUGGUGAAGAGGCUGCCGUUCCUCUUGUUGAAGCUAUGCUUCGUGACACCGGCGACGAGCUCGUUGUCAACAGGUACGAGCGAUUGACACCACUGAAAGUUGCAGAAACCAGUUUGGAAGGAGAUCUGUCGAAGGUGAAGAAGGGCGAUUGUAUCGUAUCCUUUUCGCGCUCCGGCAUCUUUGCCCUUAAGAAACAGGUUGAACAAGCUAGCGGACGGAAAUGCGCUGUUGCAUAUGGACGUUUGCCACCUGAAAUCCGCAGUGAGCAAGCCAGUCUAUUCAACGAUCCCAAUAGCGGCUACGACAUUCUGAUCGGUAGUGAUGCAAUUGGCAUGGGAUUAAACUUGAAAAUCAAGCGCAUCAUUUUUGAAGCAGUCACCAAAUACGACGGUCGAAGGGAGCGACCUUUGUCGAUACCUCAAUUCAAGCAAAUCGCUGGUCGCGCGGGACGUUAUGGAUUGCACGGCUUCGACGAUGAGGGCGGCAUCUGCACGACGUUGUAUGAACCUGACUUGCCUGUUCUUGACGACGCACUCGCUGUCCCUCCUGUCCCUCUCCGUAAAGCCUAUAUCACGGGGAACAUCAACCUCCAUAGCGACAUACUUCAAGCUCUUCCAUCUGAUGCAUCGCUCUCUACGGGCAUGCUGGUAUGCAAAUAUGUUUCCAAGAUGCAUCCUUCUUAUGAAUUCGAGGACGUCACGACCAAAAUUAUCGCCACGGACUACAUUGACAACAUCGCUUCAGAUUUGACACUUGAGGAUCGCGUCCUAUUAGUACAAGCUCCGGUCCCCUGGCGAGACGGGGCCGUUGCCCGUUUCAUGAGUGCCCUUAUCAAAAUGUAUCACGAAAAGCUCCGUGUGGAUCUCCGCGAGCUAGUGAAAUCCUCCGAAUUACUGGCCGAUCUGGAAGGCGUGCAAAAGAUGAUGGCCAAAGACGACAAAGCUCGGGUUCGAAGCCACAAGACGGAUGCACUCACUAUGAUGGAGAGUCUGCACAAGGGUCUGAUUGCGUACCUCUGGCUCAGUUUUCGGAAUCCAAUAUCAUUUUCGGAUCGAGAGUACGCGAUUGAGCUGAAGGAGCAGGCGGAGAAGGCGAUGGAGUGGUACUUGAACGUUCUUUCAGACAAGUUCGUUGCCCAGAGGGUGACAAAACCUGAUUCCAAGGUUAGGAGGGUAGAAGAGGUAGGAAGGGUAGAAAAGGUAGGAAGGAUAGGAAAGGUGGAAAAGCUAGAAAAGGUAGGAAGGGUAGAAAGGGUGGAAAAGCAAAAGCGGCUUGAACAACCGAGCGAAACUGAGCCUCCGUCUAGGCCUAAGCGUUGGGCCAUGCCGAAAAGUGUGCCCUACGGCAAGAAACCUAUUUCGACUGAUGUUCCCCAGCGAAGAGUCCGACAAGUCCAGCCUUAAAGUAUGCUGCUGGCUACUCCUUGCAUUGAUGAUUCUGAUGGGCUUCCAUUGCUCACAGCCAGUGAACAUUGGGAUAACUGACGAGUACGGAGACGUUCGUGCUAGAGUCGUCACUCCGGAGGUCACAUCUAUCUAAACCCCCGAGCAGUAAUACGAGCCUGAGGGCUCGCCAAUCCACGUACCUGGUCGGCGGUUCGCCCUUCACCUCGCCUUGCAACACGUCCGUAAAAGGGGACAAGUCUCCACUCCACUACAUCUCAUCGCACAGUCCUAGAAACUACCCUACUGUACCAUAUUAUAUGGAUAUCAUAUAGCAUGUUGGCGGAGCGUAAUGUAACGGUAAUCAUUUAUGUGUGGGCUCACGAUCACAGCGAAUCAUUGUGCUGCUCCACGCUCUGUCCAAUCAUUUUGAUCCUCGAAUGCUAAUCAUAUCGGAGGCCUGGCAACGACUGGCAGAAUAUC